AUGCCUGUUUACACGAAUUUUAAUUCUAUUUGUUGGAUGUCAAAUUCUAUUUGUUGGAUGUCAGAAGUGCUAGAAUCCGGUAGUGUUUUAAUGUGGGGUUAUUGUAAAGCCUUGGGCAGAAAAUAUGAUAUUUUAACCCCUGAAGUGGCUGAUAUACCAUAUCCUGUAAUACAAGUAGCUGGUGGUUCUAGCCAUAGUAUGGCACUUACAGAAAAUGGUCAUAUAUAUGUAUGGGGCUCUGGUAUUGAUGGUCAAUUGGGCAAGUCUAAGAAAUUGGUGAUAGAUGCACCAAAGAGAUUAAAGGAUCCAAAUUUGUUUGGAAACACAGUUGUAAUUGCCUGUGGUGAAUCUUUUAAUGCAGCUUUAACUCAAUGUGGCCAGUUGUAUAUGUGGGGUAAAAAUAAUGAUACUAUAAAUGCCACUAAGAAAACAUCCCAUAAACAAUUUGAACCGGUGUUAAUGAAUGGUGACUACAAGGAUAUAAGCCUUAUUAAAUGUGGUGGCUGGCAUGCUAUGGCAUUAACAGGCAGACCAGAAACCACAAUCAUUGAAAAUACUGACUCUUUGACUGAUGAAAGUACAUCAGAGACAGAAAGCAUUGAAGCAGUUGAAUUAAAACCAGAAAUAACAGACAUGAAUCUAAAGACCAAAGAAGAUGAAAAUGGUAAUACAUUGCUGGUGUCGCCUCCCCCAGUGUCCCAUUUACAUUCCAAUGCCAAAAAGAAAUAUUCCAGACAAACUAUAGGUGAAUUUUAUGAAUCAAAAGAACCUCCGGGUAAUACUUGUUUAAAUGUUGAUGAAUCAACCAAAAUUUGUAAUCCUGGCAAAAUCCAAAAUAAGUGCCACGAAGCAACCUCACAAUUGACAAGUCUUCCCACUGAAGCUACUACUUCUGAAGUUAUACCUGCUGAUUCAAAGGUUCUUGUUUCUCCUAAUAACAAUAAGGCUGGAAGUGUUCACUACCUAAUUGAAUUUCAUGGAAACUCCCUGAUAAAAUCUGACAAUAGUGCCAAUCAAAAUUCUCAUACCAAUAAACAUGGAAAAUGUAAACCAGCUUUUUUUCUUCUUUCCCAAAAGACAAAUAACUCUGUAGAUUGUGCUGAUCAAAAAGAACUGAAUGAACCACAAAAUAGAAAUUCGGAACUAUCGGAAAAGAUUAUUACCAACUCUAAGAAUAAUACAAAUUCCAAAAUUUCAUUAGAUUUUCAAGUGAAAUCCAAAGACAGUUUGUAUAAAGAGCGAGUGUUUGUCUCUCAAAGGGACAUGAAAUUGAAAGCUGUAGAUGAUUUAAAAUUGAAGACCUUAUUUGAUGACUUAUUUGAACAUGGAUCUUCUGAUAAAUUAUCAGAGGAUAAGAAACAAAGGUUGAAAGUAUUGUAUGAGGCCAUUGUACCAGGAAGUAGACAUUUAUCAAGUCUUUCAGAUGCAGAAAGUAAACCACCAGCCAGAAGAUUUGGUUUAUCAAACAACCACCAUAAACCACCUUCUGUACCAAGAGACAGAACAUAUUUGAAGUACAAUACUGGAAAGAAAAUUAGAGAAGUUGGAGACAAAGCCAAGCAACAAAAGAUUGGAACUCAGCCUUCAAACCAAAAACCAAUUUUUUCUAGUGCCUCCUCAUGGAAGAAACGUCCUCUUUUGCGUGGACAAACAUAUUGUGAGUCCUCACCAUCACACAUGAAUAGUAAACAACUGGUCAGAAAUACCAAACAAAGAUCUACCUCUGCCUCAAGCCAACAGUGCCAUGAACCAAAGUUACUAUUGCGUAGAAAACUAAGUAGCUAG